AGUGUGCUUUGAGCCUUGCAUCUAGACUCACUUGGAAUUUAACUUUUAAAAAAAGCCGAGAAUUAAAAAAAAAACGUAUUAAAAUAAUUUAUACGUAGGUGCACUUGAAAAUCUACCGAUUAUUCUUCCAUGGAACUUCCACAACCGGAGAUCGCUAAAAAGAAACGAGGACGACCAAGGAAAAAUGCUGCAAACGUUGCUGGUACAAGUACACAGCCACAAGAGCCUAAAAAGAAAAGACUUACUGUUAAGGAAGUAGCGAAUCGACUUUUUUUGGUGGAAAAUCAUAGUAAAGCGAAUUCAAAUAAUAUUCAGCUGAUAAAUCAUGUCAGUGCAAGCUUAAUAACUGGAAUGACGAAUUUACAAAAAAGAGUUGACGAUAAAACAGAACCAUGUCAAUUCAUCAUACUUUCCACCGAGUCGACAAAAAAUAAUGAUUUAAUUAAUGAAGAACUUGUCAAUGGCGACAAGUCUGGUUUUGAAGAAGAGCCAAUGACUUCAGAGGGUUUGCAAAAUGUAGAAACUCCCACCAUUGAACGAUCAUCUGAUGAUGACAGUGAUGAUGAUGAUGAAAUUAAAAUUAAACCAGAAAUUUUAAAGAAAUUUCGACCACCAAUAUCCAAAUACAAACAACAAGAGGCAACUUCAUCAUCGGAAGUAAAUAAUUAUUAUGAAGAGACUGCCACUGUCACAAAAUCUGAAGAUCCAAACACGUUUUCAGAUUUUGCGCAAAUGAAUGCUUGGCUGGCACGAAAAAAAUCCGAUUGGUGUGUAAAACUGUCGAUUUCUUUGAACAAAAUGCUGACAAAGGAAGGAUUGAUUGCAACGCAUAAGUGUAUGGUUAAAUGUUGUAGUUAUACAAGUAUCAGUCAAAAGAAUUUUGUCAAACAUCUUUUGUGUCAUGAAGCAAAUGGAACAAAAGAUUUCAUUUAUUUUUGUCCAUAUUGCUUUUUCAAUGGAAAAUCGUCUUCUCAACUCAUGGAGCAUUAUAAUCUGCACAAAUUCGAUAAAUAUCAAUGCGGUUAUUGCUUUUAUCGAAGUUGCGAAGAACAAUCUUGCUACGAACAUCAUAAAAUGUUUCACGUUGAACAUCCUUUGAAAAUUUACGAAUGUCCACUUGAAACAUUCAUGGAGAAACUUACAAAUGAACAAGCAUAUGAACUUGUUCAGAAUCGGCAACAGUUUAUCCAACCAAUGACUUGUUCAAGUUGCGAUCUAAAUUUCUAUUUGAUUGAUGCAUAUGAGAAUCAUAUGGAACAACAUGCAAGACUAGAAAUAAAAAGUGAAGAGAAUGUUGUGAAUGAUUUUACAAUAUAUAAGAAGUUACAACUUGAAGCUGUUGUCGGCUUGUUUCAGUGUCUUUUUUGUACUUUUGGUUGUGAAGGAAGAGAUGAAAUCAAAACUCAUAUGCAAAAUCAUCCAUCAAAACGUUUAUAUUAUUGCAAGCGUAAGCCUGAUUCUUCAAGCGAAGAUCAAAAUCAAAAUCCUCAUUCAGUUUCAUCGGUUGUCAUUUCUCUAUUAUUAAAAGCAACUAAUUUCGAAAUUAUUUCUUUUGAUAAUGACGAUUUGAAGCUUUUGAAGAAUUCGGAAAAUGUUUUAAAAAUUUCGGAUUUAGAAGAAUGUUAAUUUUUUUUAGAAAUUAAUAAUCAUGUUAUUAUGUGUGAACUAAGUUUUUGUGUGAAAAAUUAUUAAGGAUGGUUUAGGAAUUUUAAAAAUAAAAAUAAAACUUCUACAUUGUUUAUGAGCUGAAGCAAAAACUUUACAUUAUUUCUUUAAAUUGGAAUGUUUGAAUGUUUCGUCCAAAAGUUUACCAGUGGAGCCUUGAAUAAAAAAAAUACAAACUGAAAAGAUGUUAA